CAGACUAACGCACCCACACACAACCCCCGUGCUCACUCCUGACGUGUCCCCUAAGUGUCUGGAUAACAGAUAACAGAGCCGACGACCUGCGGGGGGGGGCUUACAAAAACAGAGCGCGGCAAGUGGGAGCUUCGCACAUGAAGAGGAGGAAAGAGCCGACCGUGCCAAGCGAGGGGAACUCACAGGACCUCUCAACUUUUACGCACGAAGGCUGAGUUUUGCGCACAACUUUAAAGAGCGUCAUUUCAGCAAAGAGACAGUAGGAGAAAGUUAUGUUUGAAUGCCUGCAGCCCUGAGGAUCUUACCUGUCCAGCCGCAGGCCUUGAUUUAACGCAAAUUCAUCUAAUUUGAUGGCUCAGGUUGUUGGAACCAAUCAGCUGGAUGGAGACUGACUGUCAAGGAAGCAAACGCGUAGAAUAUAACUAAAAAGUGAUUUACUCAAAGCAGAAACUUUAGGAGAUCAGGAACAGCUAUGCCCCGUCCCGGGAAAAACUCCUACAGCGACCAGAAGCCUCCUUACUCCUACAUCUCCCUGACAGCGAUGGCCAUUCAAAACUCCCCCGAGAAGAUGCUGCCCCUGAGUGACAUUUACAAGUUCAUCAUGGAUCGCUUUCCGUACUACCGAGAGAACACCCAGAGGUGGCAGAACUCCCUCCGACACAACCUCUCCUUCAACGACUGCUUCAUCAAGAUCCCCCGGCGGCCCGACCAGCCCGGCAAGGGCAGCUUCUGGGCUCUGCACCCGGACUGCGGGGACAUGUUCGAGAACGGCAGCUUCCUGCGGAGAAGGAAGCGCUUCAAGGUGCUGCGAGCCGAGCACAUGAGCUGCAAGAGUUCCCCAAUGAUGCACUACUUCCACCAUCACCAUCACCACCACCCAGGCGGCAAGCUGAGCGCCGCGCCAGCUCACCCCGAACACCCGGUGGCCCCGGCAGGCGUGGGUCGGCUGCCCCCCUUCCAGAGCUACGGGGGGAUCACCUGCGCGCAGCCCGGCGGCUUCAAACACCCGUUCGCCAUCGAGAACAUCAUAGGCAGAGAGUACAAGGGCGUGGUGGCCGGCGGACUCCCUCUCACCUCGGUCAUGCACCACCUGGGUUACCCGGUGCCCCCUCAGCUCAGCAGCGUGGUCAACUCCAUGUGGCCGCACGUCGGCGUGCUGUCGGAGUCCAUGGGCGGCGUGCCCGUGCCCACGCCGUCCUCCGAGUACGCGCCCUUCAGCGUAUCCGCAAAGGGCCUGUACCACAGCGCCGGCGGGCCGACCCUGCCCGCGGUCCCGGUGCCAAUAAAGCCGACCCCAUCUCUGGGUCCGAUGCCCGGUCUAACGGGGCUGCAGACCGGCCCGACGCAGCUGUGCUCUCCAGGGUCGGUGAUGGACAAGGGCGAUCUGCUGGAGGGGAAAGGAGCCCCGCUCCACCCGGCUCUCCUGCUGUCCUAACCGGGUAAACUGUGGGCUCAUUUCAGCUCUUUUUUUUUCUUGUUCUGUCACUCAGCAGAUGAAACCGUGAUAAAUAAAUCAGAACAGGCCCAUCAGAGACACCAACUUAUCUUCAGCUGUUGUAAGAUAGAUAUAUAUAGGCUAAUUGUAAUUUGCUCUGUAAUUAAGUUUUCACUUAGACCUUUGUGUUUAAAAAUCCUAAUUAAUUUUGCACACUUUGUAAGGACAUUUACCACUGAUGUGGCGCAUUUUAAUCAGACAAGGAGAACCCAAAGAAAGCUGUCAUUUAAAAGACUUUCCUAAAAGCAAAAAUAACAAAUGUUUCUAUUUUUUUGCUGUCAUUCUACUUAUUUUACUGUAAAUCGUUGCAAGUCUU